GGGGGAAAGAGGGAGAACGGGAGGGAGCGAGAGGCGAGCCCGGGCGGGCGGGCAGGGCGGCAGGUGGGCUCGGGCCACCUCACGGGCACAGGUGAGCCCCGGGGACCUGCACAGCAGCGCCCUCGGUCCCACGUGGCCCCCCUUCGGUGCCCUCGCCAAGCUACCAGACCAUGCCACAGAUGCCAGGGGUUUGGCCUACGUGUUCCGCAUAGAAGUUGAGGGGGUCAAGAAUGAACUUUGACCUUUCCUGAUAAUGGUGGUGGAAUGACACCUCGAGACCUGUACCGAGUGCUCAGGGAGUAGCCUAUUUACUGGGAAAAUUCUGAGGUGGCACAGCACUUCCCGUUCUGGCAUCUGUGGCGUCAGACAAGACUGAGCCAAGCCCAGGCCUUUACACAUAGUUGACUCGAGCUGCCCUUAUCCAGAAGCUCAGUGCUCGUUGGAAGGAGAAGGCAUCCCAGAAAAAUGUUUCCAGCUCCGCCGCAGCCAGACCAAUAGUUGGGGCUCUUGACCAGAUCCAGGGACAGUGGGAGAAGUGUCUCCAUGGAUGCAGCUUCCUGACAAGGCUGAUCCGUCUCGCUUACCUGAGAAGUGUUUCUCUUGCCUUAAUCCCCAUCCAAGGUACAGGUACUUACUGCUCCAGCGAAGUCCAUUCCUAUGCAGGCUAAAACCGAAUCGGAGGACCUCAAGGAAGUGAGGGGCGAUGGAGCUGGCAGCUCUCACACACCUCUGCUGCCGGGAGAAUGUCCGGCUCCCUGUCUCGUGCCCAGGCCCCCGGAGUCGAUGUACCUCCAUUUAUCUGGCAAGCACAAGGUGUUCCUAGAUGAGGAGCCGCUGGUAAAGCGGAAAAGGUCCCAGAAGUCAGCGAUGGCCUCCGAUUCCCAUAAGAGGGCAGAGUUGGCUGCCCUCCAGCAAGAAAUGGAGGGUGGCAGAAGUGAGCCUGACCUUGAGAGAAGCCCCCUCCCAGAGGCGGACCAGAAGAGCGGUGAGGCUUGGAUGGCACCUCUGGGAGAGUUAGGCCCGGGUCAAGGAGCCCCGAUGAGCUCCCGAGAGGAUGGGGUGCCUGGGAAGCACCUCGAGGAGCUUGGAAGUCAACGGCCACCUGUGAUGGCUGAGGUGGCCAACAAAGGUUGGCCACCUGCGAGUCGAAGCUCUUCAGGGGCAGAGCAGGGCAGAGCACCACCCCAGGAAGUGGCCAAAGGUCCUUUCGUGGCCGUGGUUGGAAUCACCGAAGCCGUCGUGGACGGUGGGGCUCCCAUCCAGCUGAUUCCAUUUGGUCGAGAGGAGAGAGCUGAGCACAGACGGGGAGCUGAAGAACGUAGCCAGAUGCGCGCUGUGCCCGGCAGCGAGAAGGGGGAAGCUGGGGAUAAUGGAGCUCUGAGCCAGCCCAAGGCCAAGGACCAGAAGCCCGAGAGACGACUGGAAAGCAUCUUGUCUGAAAGGGAUCUGCUGCAGCAGAAGGUUCAAGAACUGGAAGAGGAGAAGAGACACUGGCAGAAUGAGUUUGAGAGAACCCAACAUGAGCUGAUGACCCUGCGGGCCCGCGAGAGCGAGAGCUUGUACUGGAGCAAGAAGCAUAUGGGCUACCGCCAGGCCGAGAUGCAGGUGCUGAAGUCCGAGCUGGAGAGAAGCCUGGAGGAGAAGAGCGAGCUCAAGGAGCGUCUCAAGGCCAUGGAGAUGCGCGUGGAGGUUCUGCACGCAGCUCAGGGUUCCUUCCAGAACCUGCAGGAAGAAGACCCGAGCCCCCUGGAAAAGCUGAAAGGCCUCCGGGUGAAUGUCAGCCGUCUGCUGGCCUCCAUUCUCCCUCACCUGGAGCUGGAAGAGGUCAACUUUGAGUCUGAUCAGGUGGAUGAGAUCCUGCAAACUGUGUUGGAGACCAACCACAUCCUGGAGUGAGCAGCGGCAGCUCCCUUGCCUUUGCUUGGAAGGAAUUACUUCCUGCCCCAUGUUAGCUGCCCUCUUGCCUUAUAUGUACAGAACCAGUUAAUAAAUGAUGGCUUUCAGUCU